GAUCUUUUUCCCCUCAGAUCUUGCUGUUUUUUCUUUUUUAUUUUGUACUUCAGACCCUCCCUCUCCUGCCUCACAGCCCGUCACCCCUCCUCCUCCUUUGCUGCCCGUGAGUCAGUUCAAACAGCUGCAUAGAAGAUGUCUGCCCCAGAUGCUGCCCCAGCUGGAGCCCCCGGCGCUCCAGGAGCCCCCGGUGCAGAUGGAGCCCCAGCUGGGGCCCCUCCCGCCCCACCCAACACCUCCAGCAACCGCAGGCUACAGCAGACACAGGCCCAAGUCGAGGAGGUGGUGGAUAUCAUGCGGGUGAACGUGGACAAGGUUUUGGAAAGGGACCAGAAGCUUUCAGAGCUGGAUGACAGAGCGGAUGCUCUCCAAGCAGGAGCCUCCCAGUUUGAAAGCUGCGCAGCCAAGUUAAAGAACAAGUACUGGUGGAAGAACUGCAAGAUGAUGAUCAUGAUGGGUAUCAUUGGAGUCAUUGUGGUUGGAAUAAUAUUCUUGUACUUCUUCUACUGAGCUCAGCCCAUCAAUACAGAUGGAUAUGGACUUGAGAAUGACAUGAGAGGGAAGAGAAAAAAAAAAGAAACCCAAGCACCUCCUUUUAUCCGUCCUCUCCUUCCUCUCAUCACACAGUCUUCCAUCAAACCAUCUUGCACUUAUACAUGACAGUAGUGUUUCUAGGUGUCUCUGAUCUCUUUUGUCGCCCUUUCCCUCCCUUCUUGUUGUUGCUUUCUUCCACCGGUUUGGCGUCAAGUCUCGCUCACUCUCUCCUGUCUCUGCACCUCAUGUAUUAUUGAAGGGCGCAGCAGGCAGAGUGAAGGAGGAAGAAAGAAAGGGAAGGAGGGAGAGAGAGAGAGAAAAUUCAUGUGACACGGGGAACACACGGGGCUCAGUCCUCAGAACAGAGCUGUGGGGGGAAAUGUACAAUGUACAGGAAGGUGAAUGAGAGUUUGCAGUCCUUUCUACCCCAGGUACGCCAAAGCUUGUUCAUAAUACCUUUUUUGAGAGUCCUACAUUUGUAAAUUGAUACUGACAUACCCAACUAACACACUCCUUCUGUCACAACUGCUACCAUCAUUGCUACUUACUAACACGAGGUCAUGUUAGAUUAAGAUUACCAACAUUUUUGUUGUAUGCGCGUGUGUGUAUUUGUGAUCCAAAGCAUCGUAGACAAUAGCUUUUUCCAAGUUUAGCUGGUAGGCUUUAAUUCCUAACCUUUUCAUUUCCUUUCCUGUCUGGCUUUCUCUUACGUGGUCUCUUAUUUUUGUUCAGUAAUGACAGCAAGAGAAAGGAAUUUGAAAAAUGAAAGAGACUGUGUGACAGUAUCAGGAAAGGAAGAAGUGAUUCAGGGAACGGUAGUAAGUGUACUGCAGCAUUUCUUUCCUGUAUAAAUAACACAAACUUAAUUCUGGACUGAUAGGCAAUUAUUGAUAAAGUAUUUCUAUAAAUAUGCUUCAUUUCACCUUGGUUUUUGCACCAUAGGUGGUGACAUAGUAAUAUGCACAGCAAGACAAACAGACAAGCAGCCACAAACAGACAAUCUACUGUAUACAUGAACUGACGGCUCAGACCCAGAGGCAGGUCUCUGAGCUCUGAGGUGGACAGCGUCACAGCCAUAGACAGAUGAAUGUGUAGCGUCACACUUCAAACAGGUACAAAUGCCAACUUGUUUGGGAAGUUUUGCAGACAAAGUGUUUCUUUGAUUGCUCUUUAAGUUGACCUGAUCUUCAACAAGCGGGAAAAUGGGAGAAAGGACAUAGUUAAAAAACCCAAAGCCACCUGGCCCUCCCCUCUCCCCCCCUCACUCACAUAAAAACAAACUCACCUGCAAUAUGGUCAUGGCCAAAAUGAGGUGUUUCUAACUUGCAUGGCAAACGGUGUCCAUAGUUUUGCCUCUUUGUGUGACCUGUGUAUCUGCCAUUUCUGAAUCUAACUGCCGAUUGUACAUUUUCUUUUGUUAGUGGUUUAACGGACCUGUGUAUAAUGUCUUUCUGAUCUGAUAAUUACUGCUUAUGCAAUGCAAUGAUGCUCAAGAGUUUGCCAAAUUUUGUUAAUUUCACUUGCUUUUGAGAGAAAAAUAAUAUUCAGAGACUGCAAAACACUGCUACUGUAGUAAACUGUUACAAACAUGUGGUAUUGUAGUACACAUCAGUCAGAUUAUGGUCCUGAAAAUGUGUAUAUAAAUUCUUUCAGGUUUUCUUGGGGGAUUGUUGGAUAUAAAAGAAAGGCUAGUUUUCCUCUCUUUGGACUGAUUCUGAGAGUUGAUAACAUUAAGAAAACAUGAACAACCUUAUGUGCAAAAUGCAUUUAUGCAUAAUUGUAGCAGUUAGCCAAAGUUAUCUGAUAGUACUGUGCAACAUUAUUAUCAGGUAAUUACCACGUGAGAUAUGAGAACCUGUUUUGUGAUUUACAACCUGAAAAUGCAGUAAGAGAUGCAACAGGAUUUGCGAAAACAAAUGCAUGCUUAACACUUUUGCUGAUGCC